GCCGGAUCCCGUAGCCGGUCGCCGUGACGCAGAACGUGCGCGUCUCGGCGACGGGGCUUCGGGAUGCAGCGGGCGGCGCUGGUUGCGUUCGGGGCCCGGCCGGGGCAGCUGGGCUCCUGGCCGCUGGCCCGGCUGUUCCACGCCGGCCUGCGGCUGUUGGCGACGAAUAAAGAGCUCCUGCUGCGGCUCCGGAAGAAAACGGGCUACUCCUUCAUGAACUGCAGGAAAGCCUUGGAGACGUUUGGCAACGACUUCAAGCAGGCUGAAGUCUGGCUCCACAAGCAAGCCCAGAAGGAAGGAUGGAGCAAAGCCUCCAAGCUGCAGGGCAGGAAGGCGAAAGAAGGGCUCAUUGGAGUGCUGCAGGAGGGGAAUGCAGCUGUGAUGGUGGAGGUGAACUGUGAGACGGACUUUGUGGCCAGGAACGCCAGGUUCCACCAGCUGGUUCAGCAAGUGGCAGUCGGGAUCAUGGCCCACCAUCAGGAUGCUGGGAAACAGCUCACGACAUACGUCAAGCGCUUCCUGAAGGCAGAGGAUCUUUCCCAGCUCAGGACCGUGCCUGAAGGCAGGCUUCUGAGUGACCAGGUGGCCCUGGCUAUAGGGAAGCUGGGCGAGAACAUGGUGCUAAGGCGAGCCGCCUGGGUGGCCGUGCCCUCUGGUUGCUACGUCGGCUCCUACGUCCACGGGAUUCUUCCGACAGAUGGUCCCUCCAUGAUCAAGGUGGCCCUGGGCAAAUACGGUGCCUUGGUGAUCUGUGAGGCUUUAGCCAAUAGCCCAGGCACCAACCUGGUGGAUAUGGGCCGGAAGCUGGGGCAGCACGUCGUGGGCAUGGCACCUCUGUCCUUGGGGACCCUGGACGACGAACCUGGGGGUGACACGGAGACGAAGAUGCUGGCUCAGCCCUUCCUGCUGGAGCCUAACCUCAGCCUGGGCCAGGUGUCACUGCUGCUCCGUGGGGCCGGGCACACUCGGGGCCAGCGAACGCCCACAGCAGCACGAAGGGAAAGCUCGGAUGAAUGAAGUUGCAAUGAAAGGACGCUGCAGGCGGGCAGGAGAGCUGUUCAACAGUAGCUGUUAGCAAUGCGUUCCCCAAGUGAAUGAGCCUUCACUGGCUGGCAGAUGCCAUGGGAGCAAUCGCGCAGCCCUCGCAGGCUGGUCCCACCAGUGUCACCUCGGGAUGGAAAUGCUUUUGACCUUGGGAAACUCCAAUUUGGAGGAAUUCAGAUGCCCUGUGAAGAGCUGUGGUGAAUUCCCCCCUUGCGCCCGGGGGUUAAACACUUGUGAGGUCCCUCGUGCAGCAGCUCUGAGCCAGGACACACUGCAGAGGUGCUUUGAAAAGCUCCUUGUUCCCCCAAAAUGCUCAAGUCCGUGGCUCCCGGCCAUGCUCCGGCUGCACCCCUGACUUCAUGAGAACAUUUGGAUGUCAAAACCUGAAGCAGCCAGCUGAGCAGAUAGCCCUCUUCUUUACCCUCUGAUGCUGCUUCGUUUGUGGUUGGCACCUACAGCAUGUGCCCUUCUGAUAUGCUGCCCCCAGACUCCGCGUGCCCCCUAAAGCUCAUGCCCUUCUCGCAGAGAUCUCCACAUGGCCACUUCGGUUUGCUACAUGCUGCUCCACCGAAUGAGCCAGCGAAGCUGAAAUGAGGGCUCGGCAGGCAGGAGGAGAACAACAUUAGGGAAACAAUCACCCGAGAAGACUGGGCGGGGCUGCGGUUAACUGACCGAAACCCACAUGCUUGCCAGCCUCUGUGCCCGCCUUGCCACCUCACAGCCAAAGGGCACGUCCGUGGGCCCUGGCAGGAGGAGCCCUGAUAGCAACGAACUGUCCUGGUUCCCUUAUCUGUGGGAGUAAAGCCUUCCUCUGCGCCGGCGAUUAGGGAGACACUCAACUGUCUCCAACUGUUCUGAUCCUGUGAUAAAGGCAGAGCCUUGCCCUGCAGGGAGGCCGGGACCCUCCAGAGACACAGGGCUCGAUCCCGGGCUGAAGAUGCUGACAGAUCCAGACUCAGGACCAGCCUCAAAGCUUGGGUAGUGCAGCAUUCAUCUCCAGGCUAGCUUAACCCUAGGGUAGGGUUAUUCUGUCUACAGCUGAUGGGGAUGAUGGUGGCGUGAUGCCUUCUACUUCAGCCUGGGCAGCAGCAGCUGUUUGAUCCAGAUUGACCUUGGCAACCUGGAGGAUUUGAAGUUCCUGAGAAUCCAGGCUGCCCUCAGUUUUGCCGCUGGGUUGGGGGGCGCUGAGGUAGCUCGCACAUUUCUCUUCCUUCCUACCGUGUUCCCCAUGUAGUUCAGCAGCCGACUUUGGGUGCAGGAUCCCGUCCUUUGAGGGCAGGCAGCAGCUGGGAGGAGAAACAACCUGGCCUAAGACUGGAACCAGGUAGGCAGCUCCCAGCUAGACACAGAAAUCGAUUAGAGAAGUGGGGCCGGGAGGGACUUCCAUGUGCAAUGCCCUGCCUGAGACAGGAUCAACCCUAUCUGAACCACGCGUUACAAAUACAUUAUCCAACUGCUUAGUAAAACUGCUGUCCGCCCUGACACAACACAAGGCAUUGCAUCUAAACCUGCCCCAGGGAAAGCAGGGGGAUCACGGCAGCCAGCGUCCUGCUGCUGUUACAGGUUGUUAAUACAACCUCCAGAGAUCCCAGGUAGGGGCUGUGCCACUAUUAUAGAGAAAGGCAACCCCCUCCCCCGCCUCCCCAGUCGGUACUAAUCUGACUAGGGGGGAAAAUUCCUUCCUAACCCCAAAUCUGGCUUUGGCUUGAAUCUAAGCAGAGGGGCAAGACCGUCUAGCCAGGGCCAGGUUUUGGUCCCUGCAGGAGUGCUGGCACAGCCCAGUCGCCACCCCCAGCCUGGGCUGCAGUCAGCACUCAGUGCUUCCAAGGGUGAAAAAUAACCCUCUGAUGCAUGUAUUCACAUAGGAGCAAACAGUAGGCAGCCAUGUAGUGACAGGCUGGGUGAGAGUGAGUGCACCGAGGGGGUUGGGGUUACGUUUGUCGAGAGCAGUCUAAUUCUUGAUUUGCUCUCGUGUGAGAGUAGCGAGGCCUUUGGUGUCACUUGCAUAUAUCUUCCAUUAUAUUGGCCUAUAUAAUGGAAGCUGUAUAUAAGGGACACCCAAUAAAGGCCAAUGGAUACUGUUACUGGGCCAGGGUCACGUCCUCCUCCACCACCAAAAGCCUUGGGCAGCUGCCUAGAAAAAAGUGUCGUAUGUCCUGCUACACACAGGUGGUACAGAAAGUGACUGUUUGAAGCCAGCAUUAGAAGGGGUGACAGCACAGAUGAACUGUGAGAAUUACAAGCCCAGUGAAAAUGCCACCAAAAGAACUGCCUUGGGUCCAGGAGGGCCUAGCUAUAGCCAGACCCUAAUGGCAAAGGCAAGGAGGAUGAAUGGAGAGGGUCGUACAGAGACGCUGGAAUGCUGCGUCUUCAGGCGGCAUCCCACGAGGGUGUCACGAAGCAGAGGAUGGUCCGCAUGGGAUCUUCCAUGCGUGAUGGGCUUCAGGACAGGCUGGCAGUGACUGCGAUGAAAAUUCACACCUCUCCGGGGGAUCAAACAGCACAGCAAUCCCCAGAUGGUGGCCAGGAAGGAAGGACAGAGCUAGGAAUAAGACCACAGCAGGUGGAGGGGCAGGGAGGUGGCCUGGAAAACUCAAAAGCCUUCAGGAGAGAUUCAUUCAUGCCAGGAUGAGGAGCUUGCCCAGGUAUGGAAGGGGUUAGUAGAUAAAGGUGCCAGCAGGUGGCACUGGCGAACACGCAGCCCAGGCCGGGGAGGGGGUUGAAGCGCCACAAAACUUGCCGAGUGCAGUGCAAAUGGCUUCCCCUGCCCAACAAUUCGCAUCCGCUUCUAACAGUGCCAAGUGGGUGUGGGUUGAGUGAAGCCCCUGCAGGGAAUUGUCCUCUGUGUGGGCCAUGUGGAGAGAGCCUCUCCUCCGUGCUCCCGGUCCAGGCUGCUUGUGACUCAUCCCGGCAAGCUGCAGGGUCUGUUUCUGCUUCUCUUAAGGAAGGUUCCUAGCUGUGAACACCUAACCUUGCCUGGCCUGGGUGGGGAUAGCUUAUUUACCCAGCUUGGCUUAGUAACACGCCAGGAAGCAGCAAUCCGGGUUCAUGGUUGUAGGAAAGUUGGGCUGGAAGGGACCUCGGGAGAUCAAGGCAGGAUUAGUCAGUCCCAAGACGCAUGGACCGUUGGGGCACCUUUGAUGUGGCAAUAACUUGCCUCCAUUCUUCCCAGUCUUUUGCAAUCUUUGUACAAUCAGUCGGUUUGAAUCCUGUUCAGUCUUUGAUGUUGGUGGUCCAGCUUAUCCUAGGUCGUCGUCUUCUUCACCCAUCCACAGCACCCUGCAGGAUGGUGUUGGCAAAAGUGCCAGACCUUGCUACAUGUCCAAACCACUGCAUCUUGCAUCUUAUGAUUUCAAGUAAGGGUUUAUAUUUGCCAGCUUUUUGUCUGAUUUGAUCUUUUACAGAUUCGCUUGUUCUGUGCGAAGUGUAGGGCACGUGGGGAAGUCUUCUGAAACAUUGCAUUUCAAAGGGCUCAAUUUGCUUUUCCAAAGCUCUCGUGAGUGUCCCGGUCUCGCAGCCAUAGAGAGUUGUUGAAAUGACAAUGGCAUAUAGUAGGCACAGUUUCAUUUUCAUUGUGAUGUUGCUGCUAGUCCAGGUUUUCUUCAGCUUUGCUAGUUGUCCAAUGGCUGUUCCUGUUUUUACUUCUUUUCCUGAUGUAGCAUCUUCUGGGAUGCUUGCUCCAAGGUAUUUAAAGUGUGAGACUUUUUCCAGCUUCUUAAGACCAGUUUUUACUGACACGUUCUCAUUGCUAUUGGCGGAUGUUACCGUUACUGUGCUCUUCUCUGCACUCAUUUCUAUUCCAUAUCUCUUUAUGCAUCCAUUCUGUUAUUUCCGUAAGCUCUUUUGCAGUUCCAGCCAUUAAAUGUUAUCAGCAGGAUCAGUCCUUUCUAAACCAUCCCAGCCAACCUGCUCUGGAAAACCUCCAAGGAUGAGAUUUCACAGUUUCUCUAGGCAGCCUGUUCCAAGAGUUGGCCACCCUCGUGGUCAGGAAGUUCCUCCUCCUCUCCAACCUCAGUUUCUCCUGCUGCAGCUUGAGGUCUUUACUUCUUGUCCCUGUCCCCUGUGACCACAGAGAGAAGCCCAUCUCGGUCCUGUCUGUCACCACCCUUGAGGGAUUUGAAGACUGAUCUCAGGCUCACGGGAAGUUUUGGGGACCUGUGUACUGACCCUGGCAUUUCAGCAGAUUGACCACCUGGGGAAGGUGAAGGUAGAGGCUGAAGAGGGAUUUUAAGAGCAAAGCUGCAUGCAUACAGCCAUCUAUCCUGCUACACCCUACAGGGGAGGUCCUCACACCAGCUGGUCAUUACACUGAUUGCUGACCCACUGCCCCUUCCCCACCACAAACCAGUCCCUGCAGGACCUCCUUGCUGCUGGAGGCUGGACAGGUGCUGUGGAUGUAUCAGUCCCUGGCAACACAAAAGGGAGGGCAGUGAAUGGCUCCUGAGACUCAAGUCUCCAUCAACAGCUGUUCCUCCCUAAGGCUACAUUGUCCUCCUCGUUUCCUGGUCUUCUGGGCACAGCCAGCUCAGGCACUUCUCUGCCCUCCCAUCAUCUCUGCACAGGCUGGAAGGACCAUUGGCAGCACAGCCCUUACUCCCAUGGAGCUCAAGAGCUGGAAAAACAAUACCUGACUUUGCCUGUUCUCCCCUAAUGAGGCAGGACUCACUGCCAUGGCUCUGCAGCUCCUGUAGCCAUUAGCCUCUGAAAGUAGUUCCUUGCUUGCCUGCUUCCUUCCAGCUGUUAGUCUGUCAGUCAGCACUGCAGGCCCUAGAGAUCCUCGGCUGCAGCCACCAUCUCCGUCCGCUCCCAUCGGUCGUAUGCCUUAUCCUCCGGUUGCCUGCAUUUAGUUUCUAUAGGUCUCUGUCAUCUGGAAGGCAACGUCUUUGCUGCACUUGAACCCCAUAACUUAAGAACAGUGUGUAAGAGCUAAUUGCCCUGGCUGAUGAACCAGCUGGCCACUGUCAGAGUCUCAGAGCUGGCUGCUGGGGAGAGCAGCCCCCUGCAUUGAAGUCCAGCUGUGGUAGCAGACUGCAGGCCAGCCACCAGUUGCACUGGAGGUCUGCUGCGGUGAGCCUCCCUGGUCCUGUACUGUUUGGUUUUCUGGUCUCGGACCCUGCUUGGUUUUGCUUCUGGACUCUUGGCCUUUGGGUCAGAGCCUUUCCAUCUGGUAAGUCGGUCUGUGGACUGUGACUUGGCUUGUGACCUGGACUCUGCCUCUGGAUCCCCCCUCUUUGGAUCUGGUGAGUUGGAUUCUAUCUUCUGCUCUUUCCCAGUGGCCUAACCACUAGGCAAGACCACCUACCACCCUGUCUGUACCCACUGGACAGACCCAGAGGGACUGUAAACCUCUGGCAUGGGGGAGCCCUCCUAACACAAUCUCUCUCCUUCUCUCUCUCUCUCUCUCUCUCUCUUUCUUUCUUUCUCUUUCUCUCUCCGCCCUUCUUCCAGCCCCUGACCUGCCCUUAUCUAUCUGCACUGGAUCCCUUCAACAGGCUCUGACUGAAAUUUCCUUCCGUUGUUUGUCUUGGCCACAGCAGUGUUCAGAAAGGGAAAUGUCUUCUGUGUCCGAGAGUCCAGGCAGAUUCCUGUCCAGAGUCCUGGGGUUUCGGUACCUUUGGUCUGAUCGAGUCCAACUGCUGGUGGGGAUUUGUGCAAAGGGCAGAUCUGGUUUCCCUGCUCCCCACCCCCUGCAUGCAUUUCCCCUAAGGUUAUAAAGAGAGAUGUUCAGGUGAAUGUGAGCUCUAUCUAAAUUCUAUUGCAUACAGCAGGGUUGAAAAUCCCUAUGGCUAGUGACACCAGGGGGAGGCAGCAGGGGAGCCUGUGGCCUUUGGAUUUAAGCCCUUUCCUGUGCUAGUGCAUGAAAACCUAGAGCUGCACAUCCAAUGCCCCCCAGCCCUCCUGAAGGUGCUGAUUGAGAGGUCUGAAGUGCUUCCAGAUCAAGCUUUGCCUUGCCCAGCUCAGCAGUGAAAUGAGUUGUCCCAGUCUCAACCACAUCCCGGCAGCCUGGGCGCCUCUGGGACCCACCCGUCAUACAGUCCCUGGCAUGGCGUAUGAGAGCUGGCAGGAGUAUUGCAGGAUGAGGGGGCAGUCUCCAUAACGGGUUUCCAGAGAACCCAGGUGUAUUUCUGACUUUUCCACAUGGGGUCAUUCUACCUCCUGGCAGCCUGGGCACAGACGUGGGCACUCACUGCGCACAUCGGGGAAGAGAUGACGACCUGUGGGGAAGGGUAAAAAAUGUCCGAGAUGAACCAAAAAUUCUGCCACAGAGAUGACUAAAAGGAACCAGGAUUCCCAGGUGAAUUCAGAGCCUGAAAAGAAAGGCCUGGCAAUAUUUCCAUCACUAGGGAGGUGUGAAAGGGCACUUAGCAUGCCUGUCACUUUAAGAGAAGAGAAGGCUCUCUAGAAGAAGCUUAGGCAGCCAUCAAGGAAGUCACCUGACCAGAAAGGGAGGGGCUUUAGGGAUAUAUAAGCCCAGGGCCUGGUAUAAGGAGGCAGUCUCAUCCAGGGAGCUGAUAGGGAAGGAGCUCUUGAGCAGGCGGUGGCAAGAGUGACAUUGGCUCAUGCCAAGUAUGACUGUGGGUUGGCAGCUUUGGGGUGGGGAGUGUCUGGGAGUUUGUGGAAGGGACUAAAGGGAGCUGAGGAGGUCCUAGCUGGCCCAUAGAGAGAGGGAGAGAGAGAGAGAGAGAGCAGGGGCUAGAGGCCCUGGAAAGAGAGCAGAGGGAGGGCCUGGGGAGCAGGUAGGGUCGGGAUGCUCAUAGGUAUCACUGGCCUAGGCAUGGGUCCAGGGCUCAGGAAGGGCAAAGAAGGGCCAUAGCCAGAGACUGGUGAGGCUGGAGAGCCCAUGGGUCUCAACUGACCUAGGAGUGGGGCCAAGAUCUAAGGAGAAGGACUGAAGGCUGAGAGGGCCGUGGCUGGAGACUGAGGGGGCCAGAGUGUCCAUAGCCUAGAGAGGGGUUGAUGUAGGGACAAACAGCCAGGAGCCCAUAGCUCGUGGGGUGGUUGUGAUGUAAUUAGCAUAUGUGACAUCUGCAAGGUAUAGGUGUGGGUAGUGGGGAGGAUGGAGCCCAUCUCAUUAGCUGUUAAGGUGAUGAGUAAUGAGACCUAAGCUCAGGAGUGGGUGAGAUCUCACUCGGGGAUCCCAAGGGCAGCCUUGUUUUUCAAAAACCGUAUUUCCAUCAAGUUGUGGCAGGAAAGUGGAAGUGGGAUUGCCAAGCGAGAACAAAGUUGACAAGGGCUGAGGGGUCUCCAGGGGCUUCAAGGCCACCCCUGGAGUGGGACCCUGUUACAGGAGAGGAUUUGACUAUUAGCUGUUGGCUAUUAGAAUGCCACUCGCACCCCAAUGCCACCUUUCACCUAACCCACGAGGACUGACCACGUGAAACACAGUUGCCAACAACAAAUUAGUAACCUGUAUUGCUUCAAAGCAGCUGUUGCCAGCUGAGUUUCAACCCUGACAAGGGAGAUGAGCCGAAGUGGGCAGUGGUAUGGAACAGAUUGGCUGGAUCGAUUCCUCUGGCCGGCAUCUUGGAGAGAAGCCGGGUGGGCCUGGAGCGGACUUGAUCCCUGCCUUCCCUAGGAGAAAGAUCUGCUUUCUGGAAUUUAAGAUGGGAAGAGCUCAACAAGGAGGUUUGAUAACUUGAAGAGGCUUACUGAUGAGGGGGAAUUACUAACCAGUGCUCAGUAAUUUUUUUAAAUUUUUUUAUACUGGUCUUAUGGAUAUGCCACUACUCCUGACACACUGCUCAGUGGAGCCCAGAUGGAAAUGACCAAUGCCUUGGUCACAGUGUGCCUCUUGCGUGGCCGUGAGCAUCCCCAUGAAGCCAGGGCAGCUUGCAUCUCAUGGUCUAGCUUCUCCAUGGGUGAUUUGUCAUUCCUUUUCAUUCCACAGAUGUCAACAGCCAUCUUUUAAUGGUCUUUUAGCAUGCCAUCUUUUUAAUGGUCUUGAUGUUUCACCAGUCAAGCUAGCCUUUGUCCUGCCAUUCUGCUGCCUGUUACCUGCUCCUCUUAAAGUAGGAAGGAAUUUUACCCCUUAGUCAUUUUGGUACGGACUGGAAGGGUUUUUGCCUUCCCAGGUAGAGGCCGUGCUCGCCGACUACAGAGGAUCUCUGGAGGGUAUAUUAUAUUAACAAACUUCUAUAGAAGCGGGACGUUGGCUGCUGCGGUCCCCUUGCUUUCUGUGGGGCAGGUUCAGGUGUGAUGUCUUGUGUUGUGUCAGGGUUGAUGGUAGUCUUUCAAAGAGUUUAGAUGAUAGAUUGUAUAGGAAGGCUUGGACAGGGCUGAUCCUGCUUCAGACAGGGGGGUGGACUAGAUGACCUCUGGAGGUCCCUUCCAGCCCCAUUUCUCUGUGCCUCUGUGAUCCCUUCUUAAUGGUUUUGAUGGUCCACCAAUCUAGCUACCCUUUAUUCUGUCGUUCUGCUGUCUGUUCGCUGCUCCUGGUAAUGAAACUCCUAACUUGAAGCCCCGCAGAUUCUUUUGAACUCACUCCAAUAAAAUUUGGUUUGUUUUUGCUUCAGUCUUAAAAAUGAAUAAUCCAGCCCUGGGACCUGAGUGGAUUAGUAAAGCUUCUGGUUUAUUUUUAACUGGAGACAAAUGUAUGCUGUUUUAUAUGGGAUGAUAGCCCUCACCAUCUUCAAUCCUCGUUUCAAAAUCCUGGAUACAGCCCCCCUGCAUGCAUGCAUGCAUGCAUGCAUGCAGCAACUCAACUGCUCAACCACUUCCACCAAACUCCUAUUCAUCCUCCUCUUGAAAGCCUCCUAUGAAGGGGAUUGGAGCAGUCGCUAACUCAAGAAGCCUGGGGGAGUCUGGAAGCUUGCAAGGGUUACAGCCCAGCUGGUGGCUGUAAGGGGUGAUUGCAGGCUGCCUAGGCAAUAGGGCCAGCUGAGAGAGAUAAUUAGCUGGCAGGAAGAUAAGGCUCCUAAGAAGUGGACCCAGGGGGAGAGAUUUCUGGGGGAAGGCACCACGGAGAGGGAGUUGAACUCCUAUGGAGAGGAGCUAGAGAUGGGCAGAGAGCCAAGAGGAAGAGAACUGGUGGGCCAGCUCAUGGUGGAGCCCAGGGAUCGCAAGUGGACUGCUGCUAUCCUGAGAGUUGGCCUGCAAAUAUAAAGGACCCACGGGGUGUGAGAGGCUGUGAGGGCAUCGGAGACCGCAUGCAGCUUAUGCUGUGUUGACUCCUGCCCUCGGGGCAGCGAGAGCCUGUAAGAGGACAUGGAAGGACUGUUUAGCGAGCUAAUUAACCCCAAACCCACUACAGGGAUUCUGUAGCUUCCCCUGGCCACUGUUUUCCACUGCCUGGUCUCCAGAAAGGAGGUCCCUCUUCCCAUGAACACCUACUUUCAAGUGAUUUCCUUCAAGAGCUUCAGCAGGAUACCUGCCCCUUUUUGGCGGGGGUUGUGCCUAUCCCCUUGCUUUUGGCUGAGUUUUGCUACAAGCAGCCUCCUUUGCAUGGCUUUUCAGAGACAAAGCUGAGCAGGUGCAAAACCAGCAGCUUUCGCAAGCUAGACAGGGAGGGGUGAGCAAUAUUGCCACAAAGGCAGCACCUCGGUUGGGGGCUCCUGCCUUCACAGAUGAAUACCUUGAUCUCUCCACUCUCCACCGAGGCCUCUCAGCCCCUCGUCAGCCGUGUGCGGUCUCUCGAGCUGUGCACCUGACUCUGGCUGCCUGGGUGCUAUCAGCAGCUGAAACCACAAUGUGAGCCCUCUUGCUUGCUUGGGGUAGAUUGGUAUCUAAUGCGAAGAAAAAAAAUGAAGGGGCUUGUUAUCGUUCUCUGUCUUUGGCAUCUGCAUUUAUCUCCCGGAGGGUAGGAAGCUAGAGGCAAGACUGUGAGAACAGGUACAGUGGCUGAAUCCAGCAUCUGAUAGCACCAUGGAUACAGCCCAACUCGUCGACUCAAGGGGUUCGUUUAAAUUAAGCUAGUUGCCCUAAGUCUCGCUGGCUCAAGUGGGUGGAUAAAAAGCUCUUAGCAGGCCGUGCUCAAGCCUCACUGACUGGUGGGUGCAGAAAAGGGCCCAUCAGAUGAGAACCUGGGGGAGUUGGUUACUUGCUUUUCCCUCCCUGGGCUCUCGAGCUUUGUGAUCUGCCCGGGAAAGGCGUUAAACUGCCGUGCCAUCUGCCCCAGCAGUGGCUGCUCAGGUGCUUCCACCAUUUUUCUCAGCUGCUGUUCCAGCUACUGAGCGAAAACAGACGGGGAACAAAGAUGGGAGGAGACAGACCCGGGGCGCAGCUGGCACCUUCUCUACGACCGUGGCAAGGCGGCUGGAAACGAAUGUAGCAUGGCCAUCAGCUACCUGGUGCCUGGGCAUGGAAGCAGAUGUGAAGCCUCGCUGUGUUGCCCUGCCCAGACUGAUGCCAUGAACUGUUGUGCACAGAAAAGGCAGUCAGAGCUGCACUGGCGUGGUACUCAUCUUGGCUAGCCAUGGCCUAUGAGAGGCAUUGGGCAUCAGGGCAGCAUUAAGGCCUGGAGACUGGCAUAUGAGAGCACCCAGGCAGUGGCUUGGGGGUGCCCAAUGGACUGGAAAGCACCUGCCUAGCUGUGUUCAGCUCCUGUUAGCAAUCCAGACCUCCCCCCUGGACAGGGCAGGGCACAGAAGCAGCCAAGGCGUGGGGUGGGGGCUCUCUACCUGCAGUGCAGAGCUGUGGUUUCCUGGUGAUCUGAUAAGUGCCCUCCUGUGCACCGAGGGCGGAAGGGAAGGUGUGUUCAGCCUUCACGGGUGUUUUGCUUCUUGCUUCCUGUAACCCCCCAGAAAACCCAGGGCACAAACUUUCUUUGCCCCAAGCCUCUCUACUUCUGUGCAGCCCCCCACAACCUAGAACCCUCCGUUUCUGAAGUCCUAGCCUAGCCAUCCUGCUCUCGCUGCCCCGUCUCAGUCACGGGGCCCUGCAGGGUCCCCAGCUCUGGGUAUUUAGAGGGGCCCUAUCGCUGUGGUAGCUGGUCCUGCCACCCUGGAGGCAGGUCCACGUGGAUGUUGGAGGUGCAGAGCCGUUGAGAUGUGCUCAGCCCCUGUGGCCCCCGGCCAAGCACUGCUGAUGGUCUGCAUAGUGUUGCACAGCAAGCACCAGCUCAGAACUGGAGCCAAGUGCCCGGAGGACCAUCCUUCUUGUUGGGGGCAGCCCCAGCUUCCCUUCUGAGAGUGCCUGCAUGCUCCCUGCAGGUAGAUGCCCAUUUGCCCUGGGCCAGGAGCAGAAGAAGCUGCUAGUUCCAGCCAAGUCCUUGACUUGCACUAUGUUCUCCGGGCAGAUGGGUUCAGUGAUGGUAGCAAAGGACCCAAAAUGGGCCUUUCUGGGGCACCUUCCCAGCAGGGAGAGAGGGCAGGGGUGAGAGUGCUGGGAUCCUGGGUCUAUGGCACAGUGGGCAACACUUUCCGGCGCGCUCUGGGCCCAGGGCUCUUCUGAGGCUCCUUGCUGCUCGGUCCUGGGUCUCCUGGCACCGUGAUGCCCCUCAUCGAGUCUGCCCCCAGCUCUCUUGCUGCUUCCUCUUGGCUAUAUAGAAGUCUGUCGUCUUCACCUGCCUACACAGGGGUCUCCAGCUCAUCACAAUGGGGAUUUUCUGUGAGUGACACAGUGAACUGAGGAAGCGCCCCUAAUGCCCCCUCCAUGCUGUGCCCUGCUGUCGCCUCCACCCCGUGUCUCGCGACAGCUCCAGCCUGCCACAGAGCAGAGAGCAAUAUCCAAAUCCUCCAGACCAGCUCUGGCGUGAAUACCUGCGCCCCUCAACCCCCGGCAUGACGGAGCUCCUCGCUGCUUGCUUGGAUCCUGGAAACAGAGGCCGAGGGGCACAAAGGUUGCCGGGGAUUUGGAGGCAAGUCCCAGGCAUCUUUUUACCAAGCCCCCCCUCCCCGUGGCAGAAGGGCGGGCUGGAGUCUGGGGCUGCUGUGAAAUAAUAACAGAGCACGGUAGAAAAAGUGGCUGCGAAAUCUCUCCUGCGUUUCCUGUGAGCUUGAAGUCAGGCCUCCCUGGACGCCGCUUCAUUCCUUCUCUCCGGCAGCUGUUCCUCAUUUCCCAACCAGAGUCUUCCUGUUGUGGUGGAACAUUUGAGUCUCCCCUCUGGGGGGCUGGGGAGGGGGAAGUGAGAGAGCAUGUCAGGGGAAUGGGAACAGCUGCUUGCCAUUCCACCCCCCCAGUACAAUCCUAUCCCCGUUGCAGCUAUAUAUAGCUUCAGACAGGCCAAGCCAAUGGAGCGGGUCUGGGAUGAAGAAUCGGCAAAGAGAUCUUAGCUGGAGCUGCCGUGAAGCCCAGGGAGAGGUCCCUCUGCAAGGGCUCUGUCCUUGGGGCACAGAGACGAGGAGCCAUCUCGGUGGCUUCCAUCCAGUUGCGUUUCUCCAGGAGGCCAGACGUCUCCUGGCUGGUGUGAGAGUAGGAGAGGGAUAGGAGCCAGCUGCCUGCCCCAAGGGUGUGACCCAGGAGGGUCUGGCACUGGCCCGGGCUGGCUACAGCCUUCAAAUUGCAAUGAGCUUGUCACCCCAAGGGUUUUAAGUGCUUGAAGCAGCGUUUUAAGGCUUGGCUGUGUUGCCAUGUCCUCUGCAGGGCUUCUCCUGGGAGCACUGAGGGUGGCCGCAGCCUCUCCGGCAGGCAGCGCAAUGCCAUCCAUUGCAGUAUUGGGUCCCUUCCUGGCCGGGAUGGGCUGAGCACGCACGCUCUUCGUUCUUCCUACGGUCUGUAGAAAGCACAGGGCAUGGAUAGGUCCCAAAUGACCUUGCCCACUCAUUGGGCACUAAGCAGCCAGGCCUGGCCCCAAAGGCACCGUCUGUCUGCUGGUUGUCUCGUGGA